AUGUGUAUGAAUGUUCUGUCCCACAAAAUUGAUAGAGCUGUGGAAGAGAGGAAGUUCAAGUUCCACCCAAGAUGUCAAUCACUCUCUCUCACGCAUCUUUCUUUUGCGGAUGAUCUAAUGGUCCUUUUGGAAGGGUUGAAGGAGUCUAUAGAAGGAGCUCUAACUAUGUUUGAUGAGUUUGAGGUGUGGUCGGGACUACAAUUAAGCCUAGAGAAAUCUAUGAUUUAUAUGGCUGGUGUUCCAGAGGCAGAGAAGAGGAGUAUAUUGACAAACUUCUCGUUUGCUGAGGGACGCCUUCAAUUGAUCAAAGUAGUUUUUAUGAGAAUUGUCAACUUCUGGUCAGCUGUUUUUCGUAUCCCAAGCAAAUGCAUAAAGGAGGUGGAACAAAUUUGCUCUGCAUUUCUAUGGACAGGGCCCGAGCUCAAAAUCACAUGUGCUAAAGUAGCGUGGAAAGAUGUGAGUCGUUGUGGGGUAAAUGGAUUAGAUUCAACCUGCUUAAGGGCAAAAGUUUCUGGGAAGAAAGAAUUGGGAAAUGGUAGGCAUACCUCCUUCUGGUAUGAUAGAUGGUCAGACAAAGGUGUGCUCUCUGAUUUGUUGGGAGAGAGAGAGAUUAUUGAUAUAUGUGUUAAAAGGGGAGCUACGAUUGAGGAAGCAGUCUCAAACACUCGGAGAAGAAGAAGAAAUCAAACAGGGAAGCUAAUCUCUGUUAAGGAUGAUGUCAGUUUAUUGAGAAGUAAGUCGGGAUUUAAGCAGAAAUUCUCGCCUCAUGAGACUUGGAUGUUGCUGAGGGAGACUAAGACGCAUUGUUCUUGGGUUCUUGGUAUUUGGUUCUCUCAAGCUACGCCAAAGUUUGGUUUCAUGGCUUGGCUGUCGACGAUGGAUAGAAUGUCCACUUUGGAUAGAGUUGCUAGGUGGAACCAUCGUAUUGACACAACGUGUGUCCUCUGCAAGAAUGCUCCAGAAUCGAGAGACCACUUUUUGUUUGAGUGUUCCUACUCCUCUCAGGUUUGGGAGCAUAUUACCAAAGGAAUAUUGCGAAGCUCCUAUACAAAUGUCUGGUUUGAGACUAUGAUUCUUAUAACUGAUGAGACAAUGGAAAAGAAGAGUAUGUUCUGUGUUAGAUAUGCAUUUCAGGCGGUUUUGUAUGUGUUUUGGAUGGAACGAAACAAGAUUAAACAUGGAGACAAGAUGUUGCCGUUGUCAGCACUGAAGAGAAUGAUUGAUAAGGUGAUUCGAAACAAGAUUAGCCUGAUGAGAGCAAAGGGAGUUAAAGGAAUGGAUGAGCUUAUGCAAUUUCGGUUAUGUACUAGAAUGUGA